CGGCACUGAGACGGUGGAAGUCAUGGCACGGCGUCCUCAGCAACGAGCUCCGCCAAGUCCACCGUUCAAGCAGAAGCAGCAGUUGCGGAGGGUCACACCGUCGGAGUCGAUGCAGCACGCGCGUUACAAAAAGAGUGGCUUCAGCGAUGGAAUGCUUCCGGAUGCCAGCACCAUCAAGCAAGCAAAGCGGCUUUCGACAAUCCUGGGAGGAAUCGUGAGCUGGGAAUCGCGCAUAGGGGACACCAAGCGAGAGAGAGAGAGAGGAGAAGAAAUGUGUUGGGGCGAAGCGGAGAGCGGACAAGAAGGGGCACUGAGAGACUGGAGGUAGCGUUCGGGAGGGUGCAGGCCCGCACAAGCUUCACAUGUGUCGUCAAGGCCCUUUCUCUAUCGUGAGCCUUGGAACACGAAGCCAAGAGCCGCAGCCGUCGGAUUGCGUUUCACGUGCCUGUAACCGUCCGAUGCGGCGCGGUCGAUUAAUACAGUGGGGUGGGCACUGGGAUGGACGGUGGGGAUGAAACGAGGGCGAGAUCGCAUGGUAGGACUGACAAACCCCUCUCUGAACAGAGUGUAGUUAGCCUUUGAACGAACAGAGCAGACGAAAAGCGACGAGAGGCGACGAGGGGCGACGAGGAAUGGGGAGGGAAUAGGGAAGGAUGGAUGAACAAUGGCGACGGAGAACAUUCCGAAUGGACGAAGAUUAGUUGGGGUUUGGGGUGGCUAACAGCAGGCGGGGCGAGCAGCAGCGUCGUCGUCGUCGUCGUUGUCGUCGUCGUCGCAACCACCCAUGAGACCGAAACAUAACGGCAAUUCGGCGAUGCAUGGUGAGCGUGCGCCGGAGGUGUAAUUGGGCACGUCGUUGGCAGAAGGCGGCGAGGAGGGGGCGGAAGGGGAGCAAGGAAGGCGUCAAAUUGUGGGGUGAAUGGUCGGGGACGGACAGGAGGAGGCGGGGACGGAUGGGGCGAUGGGUCGUCAUCGUCGUCGUCGUCAUGGGCCAUUUGAAAACGGACAAUGAUGGUCCAUUCGUGAUGGGUGUUGUUGCAUCGGGGUGGACGACGGUGGUGGGGGGGUUCUCUUUCUUGAGCUUCCUGGUGAUUGGGGAGAGAUUGCAAACUGGGAGCUGGGGAGGGAGGAAACUGGUGCUGGCUGGCUAUGGCGAGGGGCAGGGAGUGUAGAGGAGGAAGAGGUGAGGUGGUGACGCUAGUGGAGGGAGGUCUUUGUUUUAUUAUUUGCGGCGUUAGUGUGGGUGUUUGGAGAAACUGGGCGAGUUUUUUGAUUGACGUGGAGUGAGACGAUUCAAAUUCCGGAAAGGGUGACGUUGGCGGACAAUUGUAAGAUCGGUAAGAUUUUACAUGGUUGAAGUAGUGAUUUAGCUGCCUCAACGAGCAGGAAGGUUGCUGGUAGUGGAUGCAUUGAAGUUUUAUUUGAGGAAGAACAAUGCCCUACAGUGGGAGAAAAGGCGUGACUUACAAGGAAGUGCGCAUACCGAAGGCGCCUUUAUUGACAUGCCUAACCUGCCCUCUGUGCAACUACUUGAUUUGGGAAGCAACAACAAUAUCAGAGUGUCUCCACACGUUUUGUAAAGAUUGUAUUGCUGCGGAACUUACUAAUGGGGAAUCGGAGUGCUGCCCUGUGUGUCAUGUUGGCCUCGGAACUCUCCCACUGGAAAAACUAAGGGCGGAUCAUCAAUUAAAUGAUUUAAAGGAGAAGCUGUUCCCUAGCAAUGUGAAGAAGAGGAAGCUGGGGCUGGUAUUAGGUAGUCCAGAAACAUCGAACGCGACUAGACGCAAAGAAAGGUCUCUCUACUCUCUUGGGGUAAAGGGCACACCGGCUGAUAAUCCAGGGUAUGCCAAUCGAAAAACGAGGGUAUUACCAGGUAACCAUGGCAGCAGUGAGCCAAGCAGCAUUGACGAGGACCUUGAGGAUGAUGACGACGACGAUGUAGAUGAUCUCUCAGAAGACGAACCCAGCACAACAUUGAAAUUAUCUUACAAUGGACGGUGUACAAGGUCGCGGUCUCCAGAUGAGGCCCCAGAUGUCAAAGUGUACCCUCAUUCAGAGCCUAGGGGACGGAUGGAGGACCUGGCAUCUACUCUUACAGGCGAUGCAGAGUUCCUGCGAGCAUCAAUCUCUGGACACUUUACAACGUCGAAACUGACUCAUCGACUGAAGACUCUUUCUAAUUGCAACAAAAAAUCUGGUUCAUUAUUAGGGUCACGGGAGAGCUUGAAAAAUGCAAGGGGUUCCCGCAAGAAUAACGGAUCUUCGAAUUCUGGUAGAGCUGACAGGGAGGCAGAUGCAAUAAAUACUUUGGAUGUUCUUGCUCAAGUCGCUAAUGCAGAUGCCGCCAGGGAAGAUAUGGGCUCUGGUCCACCUUCUCCUACAUUGCCUUACAUGCACACUCCGAGCAGUGGCAGCAAAUCAGUCCCUGGUCAAAGGGACGUCAGGGAGGGAGUCUUGGCUAAAGUAGGCUCAAACCUUAAAGACAGCUCUCCGGCCACUUCAAACGGUCAGUCGUUGCAAGUGCGUUUACGACAAACUCUGAAUGGUGUCGUGGAACGGCCCUCUAUAAUACGCAAUACUGCUCGUCCAGUUUUGGGAACUCCGGUUUCAGGUCAAUCUUCAAGGACUACUUCAACUGGGAUAUGGUUUCAUCUGGAAUCUGGUGAUUUACAGGCCAAUGAGGACGCACUUCCACCCUUGUCUUAUCCUUACGUACGAAUCAAGGAUGGAAAGUUGCCUGUUUCCAUGGUGAAGAAGUAUCUCGUUCAAAAACUUUCGCACAAAGUGAAAACUGAAAUGGAUGUAGAGAUAACUUGUCGAGGUCAGCCGGUGGUAUCAAGCCUACCCUUGGAAGGCAUUCGCGAUAUCUGGUUUAGUGCGCAAGUUUCUGAUCAAGCGCAAACCCUACUAUCAACACAAGCACAGGGUGAGGCUUCAACUACUCCAGCGAAUGGGAGUGGCCCUUUAGAACCCCCUUCGGCGACAGACUUUCUCAUGGUGCUCACUUAUAGAAGGCAUCGGCAACUUAGAAUCUGCUGAGACCCUCCACUUGGUUCUAGUUUCAAUUCAUAGUUUUGGUUCUUGGAGGUGCAGGUGUGUGCCAGUCCUUGGCAUGUAUAUCUUGACAGAUGAUGCUUGCCUCACUGCCGGUCAAGAAUGAAUGGACUGCACACGGCCCUGGCACGAAGUACAGUCUGCGUAAGUAACUAUUUAUUAUUUCUAGACCGUGUGCAUUCGAGGCAGAAAAGGUGUGAGUUUGUUGAGCUUAAGAUUCGGCAAUUUUGUAGAUCGUUUGAUUUUUGUGCCUUGGUUUUACUUCUGUCAGCCAUACACGAGUGGUGUACCAGUUUUUCUUUUCACGAAGGAAGUGCAGGGUUCCCUCCUUCUGGUAAACUUCACACGUUUAAAAGGGUUUGCUUCUUGUUUGCGAUGAGUAAGAUCACUGUAUAUGUGUAGAUCCAUAUUUUUGGCAACAGCUGGGUCUAAUUUGCUGGCCAACAUUACCGCUU